AUGAAAGAAGGUUGUUGGCAGUGUCAACGUUUUACGGGCAGCGAGUCAAUAGUCCUAGCUGCUUGUGCGGUAGAAUUGAUGACCAUUUUAAUCAGUGCACGAAUUUUUCCGGUCCACGUGCCAAAGGUGAAUUUAUCCUGGUGGCGCCGUUUGAUGAAGAAUUCUGCCAGAAGGUACGUGCUCGAGGGUUCUUACGAAUGCGAAUUAAUCACCAGAAGAUUCGAAGAAAUCACCACCUCCAGACUAUUCAAUAAGUUUUACGAUGAGCACCUAAAGGUCAAAAGCUGCAACCUCUUGGAAAAAAGUGACGAGCCAAUCGAUGGACACAUUCUUGGCAAAUAUAACAUUACAUUAUGGGAGAAAAGGAAGCCACUCGCAUGGUUUGAAUACCAUGAUAUAUACAUCUUCUUUCUUCGAGAACUAAACGCUCCGGGAGGAGCCUGUGAUCACAAUGGAUAUUGGGCUCGGCCCCUGUUCAAC